GAGGAGUGCAACAAGCUGGAGAACCAGCUCAAGAGGGCCCAGAAUGCAACAGUGGAGGCCAAGGCCAAUAGGGAGCUAGCCGAGCGCAUUUCCUGUCUGGAGGAGGAAGUGAGUCGGCACAGAGAGGAUGCUGGAGGGCGCAGGCGGAGGUGGACCGUCUCCUGGAGAUCCUGAGAGAGAUGGAGAACGAGAAGAACGACAAGGACAAGAAGAUCAACGAGCUGGAGAGUUUUGCUUCAAGGCAGAUGAAAGACCAGUCUAAGAAGGUGGCUAACCUGAAGCACAAGGAGCAGGUGGAGAAGAGCAGGAACGCCCAGCUGGUGGAGGAAGCCCGGAAGAGAGAGGACAACAUCUCCGAGAACUCUCAGCAGAUCAAGGACUCGUUGCGUCAGAAGGAGGAGCGUAUCGAGGAGCUGGAGGAGGCUCUGAGGGAGAGCGUUCAGAUCACAGCAGAAAGAGAGAUGGUGCUGGCUCAGGAGGAGUCUGCUCGCACCAGCGCAGAGAGACAG